AGCCGGCCCCACGCCGGCAUCCUCCUCCCACUUCGCGCCGGGUCUCCGCCACUAAAACCCGGGGCUACGCAGUGGGACUGUCUUCUCAGCUCCAGCCAGGGGCAGGCUCUGCGCGCCCUUGCAACGACCCAAGGUGUUGAGUCUCCAGGGAGAAGCGAUACGGACAGUCCCGGGGCCAGACAGCGUCAUGGAGCCCCAGGGGGCGCUAAGUUUGGAGAAACAGGGACCUGCGCUCUUUGGAGAGCCCCCGCCAGCCGAGGGGCUGCCCACUCCGGGGGGCGACGGCGGCGGCGCGUCGGAAGCCCCGAGCCCCGACGCUGACCCCUUGUCCGCGGAGGAAGAGGCCGCCUCCCAGGGGCCGGAGGAGCUGCUGGAAUGCCGCCGCCGCCUCCCGCGUUCCUUUUCCCUGCCCGCGGACCCGAUCUUGCAGGCGGCCAAGCUGCUGCGCCAGCGCCAGCAGCUUGGCCUGGGGCUCGGCCCGGAGGGCGGCGAGGGGGCCGAGGGCUUGCCGCACGGUCCCGGCAGCUGCUGCGCCAAGUGCAAGAAGCGAGUGCAGUUCGCGGACGCGCUGGGGCUAAGCCUGGCCAGCGUGAAGCACUUCAGCGAGGCGGAGGAGCCGCAGGUGCCGCCCGCCGUGCUCUCCCGCCUGCGCAGCUUCCCCAUGCGCGCCCAAGACCUGGAGCAGCUCCCCGGCCUGCUGGCCGCGGCGGCCGCAACCGCGGCCCUCUCUGCGCCGCCUCCCCGGCUUCGGCCUCUUUUCGAGCUUCCCGGGCCCAGCGCCGCCGCCGAGAGACUGCGGCGGCAGCGCGUGUGCUUGGAGCGCGUGCAGUGCUCGGAGCCCUCGGGAGCGGAGGUGACGGGCUCCGGCCGGGUGCUGGGCUGCCCCGGGCCGAGAACCGUGGCGGUGCGCUACACCUUCACCGAGUGGCGCUCCUUCCUAGACGUGCCGGCCGAGCUGCAGCCCGAGCCGCCGGCGGAGCCACAGCCACCUGAGGCGCCGUCGGGGGGGCCCGGGGACGCCGAGGAGGAGCCAGGCGCCGAGCGUUUCCACUUCUCGCUGUGCCUGCCCCCCGGCCUGCAGCCCCAGGAGGGGGAAGACGCGGACGAACCGGGCGCCGCGGUCCACUUCGCUGUGUGCUACCGCUGUGCCCAGGGCGAGUACUGGGACAAUAACUCGGGGGCCAACUACACGCUGCGCUAUGUGCGCCCUUCCGACGCGCUCUGAGCCCAAGGCCGGGCUCCAGGCCGCGCGCCUCCCCAGAGCACCAGGGUGACCUGCGGGGGCGAUUUGCUGAGCCCCGUACCUCGGGGAAGGAAAGGAGGGAGCCGUUCACGGCAAACUUUUCACCAGGACGGAUCCGGCGAGUGAGCCUUGUGAGCACCGUAACUCCUCGCCCGUUGUCUCCUCGCUUAGGCCUUCCUCCGCUGCUUCUGGGAUUCUCGCUCUGCGUCAGAAUGGGAAGAAAUUCUCAAGACUCUGAGCCAUAGCUUCCUCCAAGAAAAAGUCUCCUGACCCUUGCGCCUAAUUGUAAGACCUUGGGAUUUGUUUAAAACUAUAGACAAAAGUGUUUUCGCCGUUGCUGCUUGUUGGAGAUGCCUGAGUCUCAGGGAAAGGACAGGCAUCCUGCCACAUCAUGCCAGGAGAAUGCACUGGACCCUGGGCGUGAAGGGGAGCCUUCGCACAGGGGCCUGUUUCUCCGAGAAAACCGGGUGGGGCCUGGGCUGGGCCGUCCUUUUCUCUUAACUGGGAUCUGGGAGAUGUUUGCACAGACUGGACAUUACUUACUUGGGCCUAUGUGUACGCAUGUCCUUUAAAAAAGUAAAGGCAACUUGCACA